AUGCCUAUCUAUCGGUACCUGACAUUCACCCAUGAAUCAAAGUACUGGAUGACAAGUGCAACGCUCCAGAUCACAGCGAAGAACAUGAAGAACACGAAGAACAGUGAACUAAAGAACAAUAAAGUGAAAAACACGAAGAACAGUGAACUAAAGAACAAUAAAGUGAAAAACACGAAGAACAGUGAACUAAAGAACAAUAAAGUGAAAAACACGAAGAACAGUGAACUAAAGAACAAUAAAGGGAAGAACACGAAGAACAGUGAACUAAAGAACAAUAAAGUGAAAAACACGAAGAACAGUGAACUAAAGAACAAUAAAGGGAAGAACACGAAGAACAGUGAACUAAAGAACAAUAAAGUGAAAAACACGAAGAACAGUGAACUAAAGAACAAUAAAGGGAAGAACACGAAGAACAGUGAAGUGAGGAACAUGAACAGUGAAAUUAAGAACAUGGAUAACAGUGAAGUGGAGAACACAAAUAGUAAAGUGAAGAAGAUGAAGAUCAUGAACAGUGAAAUGAACAGUGAAGAAGUGAAAAACAUGAAUAAAAGUGAAGAAGGUACUCCUACACCAAUCUCUCCCAAAACUGAUCAGUCAAGUACUGGACCUGUCUCCGUCUGCGCUUGCUAUGAAGAUCUUUCUGUAGAAACUCACCAGGGGAUGGUAUGGGACCUUUCAGAACUUGAACUUAAGUCUCGAACCUCAAACUUGAACCUCAGUCUUGAACUCUUGAACCUAAACCUUGAAGAUAAACCUUGA